AUGGCCAAUUUUGAUGAUAUACCAGAAGAACUUGUUGAAAUAAUCAUCAACUACCUUCCUAAUACAGUUUUAAAACAUCUUGUUGAGAUUCCAAGACUUGGAAUACAUGCACAGAGGGCUUUGUACUCUGUUAUUAUAAUUGGUGAUAACGAACGAUUUCAUACUCCAUUUAUAAUACUGUCAAAUCAAAGGCCACCACGUUUGAAAUCUCCUUCUGAAUUUAUAAAAUUACUUGAUUUAAACCCACAUAUUACUCCUAGAAGAUUAUUAUUUGGUGAUCCAUUUGAUGCACUUGCUUUAGCUAGACAAUGUCCAAAUUGUUUAGAUAAUGUGGAGAUAGAACUUGCCUUUUGGUUUCCCUAUCCUUAUUCUCCUUCAUAUUGGAAAUUUUAUGAAGAAUAUAAGAAACAUCCAUUUAAAGUUGAUUCAGUUAUUACUCGAUAUGGAACAAGCACGGAAAAUUAUCUUGGUUUUGAUUUAACUAAAAAUGUAAAAUCAUUUUCAGCUUUAGCUAUACAAAGUAUUGAUUUAAAUGAGUUUUCUAAGGAUAUGUUUCCUAAUUUAACAAGUCUUCUGAUUAAAGAAAGUUUGUAUUUUUAUGAUCUCAAUAAUAUCCCUCAACAAUUGAAGAAAUUGACUUGUGAUAUGUCCUUAUUGGAAAUGCAUUUUGAUCCAGAAACAGAAACGAAAUUAAACCUUCCAGAAUCAUUAAUGGAAUUGAAGAUGUCAAUAACUGGAUGUGGUCAAGGAACUAUAUUUGACAUUAGUCAUUUGACGAAUCUUAAAAAGAUAAAACUAUCUGGAAUAGCUUGGAAUGCUGAUGAACCUUCGAAUUUGGUAAGCAAGUGGAGAUUUCCUUCACGUUUAAAAGACUUAAAUGUUGAAUGGUUAGAGAUGAUUGUUGAUAAUUUAUCAUUAAUUUGUCCCGAAUUGGAGUAUUUGACAAUUGAAAACACUAUCCAAAUGGUGGAAGAAAUAGAAACUCGGGAUUUACAAAUUCCAGAUAAUGUGAAACGUUUAGAAAUAUCGUCAUGUUUAUUGAGUUGUGAAAAUAAAAGUUUAGCUAAAAAAUCUAACCAUAAACCAUUAUUAAACUUACCAACUUCUUUACAAGACUUGGUGUUGAAAGGUAAUUUUGCAACUGGAAAUACAGUUAUUCUUGAUUGCCAAUUGUUAAGUUUAAAUUCUUUGCUUGUUCAUUGUAUUCCAAAUUUAUCUCUUGUUGGAAAUUUGAAUUCUUUAACUUCUUUAUUUUUAAAUGCUUCCACGGUAAUCGAUUUUGAGAAAUUGCAAUACUUGGAUAAUCUUAUUGAGUUAGUUAUCAAAAAUGGAAACAGGAUAAAUGAAUUUUCUUAUAAAUUACCCAAUUCUUUAUUAAAGUUGACUAUUUGUGGAAGUGGUUUAGUUAAAGCACGUAUUAACACUCCAAGACUUGUUUCUUUGAAACUUCGUGAUAAUGACUUUCAAAUUCUUGAUAAUCAUACAUUGACUGUACCAUCUAAACUCCAAAGGUUGGAUAUUUCUGGAAACAGAAUUUCCAAGGUUUCAAUGGUAUUUCCAAAAUCAUUACAAGUUAUUAACCUUUCGGGAAAUAAACUUACUUGUAUCAAUGGUUUUCCAGAUAAUUUACAAAAAUUAUCAUGUCUGAAAAACUUACUAGGAGAAACUCUGGAAGUUUCUACAUUUCCAAGAGGGUUGAAAUUACUUUCUUUGAAUCACAAUAGGAUCAACGAAGAUUGGAUCAAGCUUCAGAACCUUCAUAGCUAUACAAAUUUGGAAGAAUUAGAAAUGCUGUGUAAUGAGAUGACUACAAUGAAUCCAAAGCAUUUACCAUUUUCUUUGAAAAGAUUAGAUGUAUCUAGGAACUCGAUACUGACAUAUAUUUCCUUACAAGAAUUAACUAAUCUUGAAGAAAUUGACUUUUCCGAGAAUAAAUUAUGUGGUAGUUUUAUUAAUUUCGGUAGAACCAAGAUGAUGCUAUUUAGUGAUGCUAUCAAAUGGGUUAGUUUUACAGAAAAUAAAUUAAUGGCAUCUGAUAUUGAAGUAUUACUUGAUGAAUUGUCAACAAAACCAAAUUUUGAAUUAUUAAAUGUUGAAUAUGAUCUGAGACCUAAAACUUUUAAUAAAUCAGAAUUUCAACCUCGAAAGAUUAGAAAAUUGCAAUCAAUAUUAUAA